AUGUACUCAUCUUGUGGGUCAAUUGACUUUGCUUGUCAAGUGUUUAAUAAAAUAGAUGACCCGGAUGUGGUUUCGUGGAAUUCGAUGAUCAGUGGGUUGGUUGAUUUGGGUUUUGUCAAGGAGGGGAAGCAAAUGUUCGAUAGAAUGUCAAAGAGGAGUUUAGUUACAUGGAAUUGUUUGAUUGAUGGGUAUGUUAAGGCUGGAUUGUUGAUGGAGGCUAGAGAGUUGUUGGAUCAAAUGGUGGGAAAGAAUUCGGUUACUUGGAAUACCAUGAUUGGUGGGUAUGUGAGUUUGGGUCUAAUUGAGGAUGCGAAAGGAUUUUUUGACAAGAUGCCGUGGGAAAUGAAGGAUGUAAUCACUUUUAAUUUGAUGAUUGAUGGGUAUGCAAGAGAGGGGAGACAUAAAGAGAUUUUGGAGAUAUUUAAAGAGAUGCGUGUGGCUAAAAUGGAACCCUCGAGGUUUUCCAUGGUAAGUGUGCUUACGGCCUGUUCUUAUUUGGGGGCUUUGGAGCAAGGUGAAUUGAUGCAAGCUCACAUAGAGAAAAAUGGGAUUGAUGUGGAUUCUGUUCUGGGUACCGCUUUGGUUGAGAUGUUUGCGAAGUGUGGAAACAUUGAGAGGGCUCUUUCAGUGUUCAAAAGUAUGGAGGAGAGAGAUGCGGGGGCAUGGAACUCAAUGAUUCAUAAACUAGCCGCCCAUGGUCAUGGCCAAGAGGCUUUCGCAAUUUUUUCAGACAUGUUGAGGUCAAAUACUCUACCGGAUGGCAUAACUUUUCUCGGCUUAUUAAGUGUAUGCCGGCAUUUGGGGCUCGUUGAUGAAGGAAAAAGAUUUUUUCAACUCAUGAGUGAAGAAUAUGGCCUGGUGCCAAAGGUUGAGCAUUACGGUUGUAUGGUGGAUCUUCUCUGCCGUGCAGAUCUUAUAGAGGAAGCGAGGGACUUGAUAGACUCUUCACAGGCGUCACAGAUUAAAUCCAGCGUUCCCAUGUGGGGUGCUCUUCUUGGAGCUUCAUGUCGGCUAAAAAAUGUAGUGAUGGGUGAAUAUGCUGCCAAACAUCUUUUGCAAUUAGACCCUUUUGAUGGCAGCUGUUACACAGUUUUAUCCAACUUGUACUCAGCUGCAGGCUUGUAUGAGAAAGCCAUUGAAGUAAGGAAUGAGAUGAAGAAACAAGGACUGGAAAAGAUCCCAGGCAGUAGUUCAAUGGAAAUAGAUGGUCUAGUUUUUGAUUUUUGGGUGGGUUCUUGUUCUCUUGAAUAG